GCACAGCAACACACUAAAAUGGAAGUUUUUCAUCUUCUUUGGAGUUUGUGUUCAAAGGCGCUUUUAAUCGCACUUUUUCUUCUUGUUGUCGCGCUCCUCGUUUAUUGCCUGUAUAUUAAAUACAUUCACCUGAAAUAUGACCACAUACCUGGACCAACGAGAGACAGUUUUUUGAUGGGUCACUCUGCGACGUUAAAGAGGAUUAUGAAAAAUGACGAACUUGUGCACGACAAGGUAAUUGAAUGGUCGGAGACUUACGGCUCUGUUUACAGGCUAAAUGUUCUGCAUUAUGUUUUCGUGUGUGUGACCUGUCCAGAGGCAACUAAGGAAAUCCUGUUGUCCCCAAAGUACCCCAAGGACAAGUUCGUCUACAGGAGACUCUUUAAUCUGUUUGGUCAAAGGUUUUUCGGCAAUGGUCUGGUAACAGUACAGGAUCAUGCAGUGUGGUAUAAACAGCGCAGGAUCAUGGACCCUGCCUUCAGCAGCUUGUAUUUGAGAGGUCUAAUUGGGACCUUUAAUGAGAGAGCAGAGAGACUGAUGGACAAACUUUCAGAUGCAGCUGAUAAUAACACCGAGGCCAAAAUGCUGCACCUUGUCAACUGUGUUACACUUGAUGUGAUUGCUAAGGUUGCUUUUGGCAUGGAUUUAGACCUACUGACAAAUAGCUCACCUUUCCCGAAAGCCAUUGAAACUUGUCUAAGUGCGAUGGGGUACUAUAUUAGAGAUUUUACAUUCGAGUACAAUCCUAUGAACAGACGCUUUGUUAGAGAAGCGAGGGAGGCAUGUCGUCUGCUGCGAACAACUGGGGAUCAGGUGCUCCAGGAGAGAAGGACCGCCAUGCAGAAUGGCGAUGAUGUCCCCAACGACAUCCUCACGCAGAUCAUCAAAACUGCUGACGCAGAAGAAAGCAUGACUGAAGAAGAUAAGGAGUUUAUGUUGGACAACUUUGUGACAUUCUUCAUCGCUGGUCAAGAGACAACAGCUAAUCAGCUAGCGUUCUGCAUCAUGGAACUUACAAGACACCCUGAAGUUCUGGAGAAAGCGAGGAAAGAAGUGGAUGAUGCCAUUGGGAUGAAACAAAAUCUAAGCUAUGAAGACAUUGGGAAACUGACCUACCUGCGACAAGUGCUAAAAGAGACGCUGAGAUUGUAUUCAACGCUUCCUGGCAUAUCCCGUGAGAUUCAGGAAGACAUGGUGAUUGAUGGAGUCCACAUUCCUGGGGGAGUCUCUUGUAUGUUGAACUCGUAUGCAGUCGGGAGAAUGGAAAGAUUCUUCAAGGACCCACUGAAGUUUGAUCCAGACCGAUUUCACCCAGAUGCUCCCAAGCCUUACUACUGCUACUACCC